CGUUACACAUCGAACGAACGAACAAAUCUCUCCCCCUCCCUCUCUCCAAAUCAAAAUCAAAAUCCUCUGAAAGCAAGAAUCACUCUCUUUCUUUUUGAAAUCUCUCUUGCCCUCUCAGUCUCUCAUUCCAUCCCUCUCUGUGUCUUUGAUUUCAUUCCUCGCUGCCCGAUAUCACCCCAAUCAUUUCCAGAGAAACUCGGCCAAUCAAGGAUCGGCCUGGGCGACCCCUAUGGCUCUUCCCUCGAGCAAGUCUUCCUCGACGGCCGCUCCCCUGACGGCAAACCCGAACUCGGGUCGGCCCCAGAACCCUAGUCCAAGAUCCUCAGAGAUAGCGAAUCCUAUGAGGAGGAGCUUCAGCGGGAACCCAUUCGUGAAGCCCUCUAUCGUUGCGAACCCGAGAGGUUUUAACCCCGUCACUCCUGCUAACAGCCCUUCAGAGUUCCCGCGAAGAAGGGAGAGCAUACCGUGCUUGCGAGAGCACGAGGAGAAAGAGAACGGGAAGGACCUGAAUCCGAACAUGAGACAAGCCCGGGUCAGGUCUCCGAGCAUCGGGAAGGGAACCAAGAACUUCAUGUCCCCAACAAUAUCUGCUGCCUCCAAGUUCAAUGCCUCUCCAAGGAAGAAGAUACUUUCUGAGAGGAACAAUGACCCAAUUCAUUCUUCUUGUACCUCGCUUUCUGACCUCAGAAGCUCAUGUAGCUCAGUGAAUGUCUCCGAAAAUUUAGAAGAGCCUGGCACGAAAGUGACCGUGGAAGCUUCUCAUGACUCCACGGUUACCGAUUCGGGGGCGGCCCAAGAGGUUUCUUCUCUUGGUUCAAAAGGGUCGAGGAAAAAGGUUGCUUUUGACUCGAUAGUUCACGAAAUUCCUCCAGUGGAGAGUCCUAAUGUGGGAACUGAAGCUGAUCUGGUCAAUAUGGAUGAAGAGUUUGCAAACCUGAAACCAUCGAGUCCUUCUCUGCUGGGAACUGAAGCUGAUCUGGUAAAUAUGGAUGAAGAGUUUGCAGACCCGAAAUCAUCGAGUCCUUCUCUGCUGGCUCCACUUGAUGCAGACCCCCUUGUGCCUUUGUUGCCGUAUGAUCCCAAGACGAAUUACCUCUCUCCAAGACCGCAGUUUCUUCACUACAGACCAAGCCCAAGAAUCAAGCAUUACCUUGGAGAAGAAGGAAACUUCAACUUUGAUUCCCUCCCGGAUGGAUUUGACCUCGACGGCCUGUCGGAUACUGAUGUGACUACUGAGGAAACAACCCAAUCUGAGAAGGAAUCGGAUGAUGCCUCCUCCAAUGAGACAAUAAAAGAUGAAACAGGGCUGGAGUUGGAACCUGAUGGUGUCAAGAUAGCCGAGGAUGAGGCGGUUGAAACAGAGGAGGCAGUUGGAGCAGAGAAGCGCUCCAACCGAAGCUUCUUUACGAGAUCAAAGUUCAUCGUGUCGAUUUUUAUUGCCUUAGUUGCUUGUUUAGCAAUAGCUGGAACUCAUUACUCUCCAAGCUACCUUACGAUCCAAGGCUCGAGCUUUCCCAUGGAAGCUGAACAACUGAGGGACAACAUUGCGGAAAAUAUGAGGCUCUGGUAUGCGAAUUCACUCUCUUAUUUUUCCGCACUGAUGUCAGAAUUUAGAGGCAAAGGAUACGAGUGGGAUAAGUUGCAAUUCUACAACCUGACAGAACUGGAUGAGAACCCGUGGCUCGGCAAGAGCGAUAUACUUGGAAAUCCGAUACAGGUUGAUAACUUCGAAAAUGUCGAAAUUGGAAGCAAAGAGAAGGAGCAGAUCGAGUACUCGGAGACUGAGGAAGAUGUUGUAGCCGAGGAUACAGCUGAUGAAAAAGCCGAGGUUCCUGAUGAUGGACUUGAGGAGCCGGAUGAGGAGGAGGAGGAGAUCAUGGACAAAUCCUUUAAAUUUGAAUCUGAGCAAGAACCUGAGAUCUUAGAUGCCGACAAGGAGGUGCAAAUGGAGAUGGAAUUAGAAGUGGAGAACCACGAAGCCCCACAAGGUGCUGAAACCGAAAGUGACCAGUUCGAGCUUUCGAAGGUCGAAGUUGAAAACCAGCCCCAGCUUCAAAUGGUUGAAGUUAAUGAUCAGCCCAAGCUUCCAAGGGUUGAAGUCGAGAUCAGGCCUAACGAUCCUGGGGCAGAGAAAGGGAGCAUGGAAUUGGAGGACCACGACACUGCUGCCUUCGCCGUCAACUCUGAAAGUGUCCACUCAACGGCAAUUAGUGCACCGGUGGCGGGGGUUCUCGUUGCUUUACUUGUCGCCGUUGCCUGCCUUUUCUACCUGAGGAAAAGGACAACUUCAGCUACACUGAAAGAAUUUCAAACCUUACAACCUGUGGAGAAGGCGAAGAAGUUCGAUAUCAGCCCGGUUGCUGCAACUCGGGCAACAGAGUUUGAUGUGGUUGGAGUGGACUCUUGCCCAUCGGGGAUGAGCAGUUUCCAGAAGAAUGCUGCUUCCUCUCGUGGUACGAAGAGCGUGGUUAGAAAGAACAAUGAAGCUCAGAGCAGCGAGAGGAAGACUGCUACCGGGAAGAGCCUCAGAAGAGAGUCCACGGCUUCUUCCUUCUCAGAUCUUUCACUGGGCUCAUCUCCCUCCUUUGGAAGCUUCACCACUUAUGAGAUGAUCCCCAGCAAGCAUAGGAAUGGGGACGAAGAACUGGUGAUUACUCCGAUAAGGAGAUCGAGCAGGCUGAGGAAGCCAGUCACCUCUACAUGACGAGGGAAACUUCCCGAUGAUCUUCCGGCAUUUGAUCAGUGCGAAGUAGAGAAUUUGUGCUGUCAGGAUGUGAUUCGCUGACAUGGUUUAGUAGAGGAUUAUGCUGACGAGAUGGUCUGUAAUCUGAACAACUUUGUGAUUUGUGGGAGUGUUAAGAGUGCUCUUUGCUUUCUGAUUAAAAGGACGAAUGAUUUCCACUAUCCUUUCCUCUAAGGAGCCAACUAAUUUUUAACUAUCUCAGUAAUCCGAAUGUCCGGAUUCACGUUUA